ACCCCCAACUCGAGGCGUCUCUCGGUAUCAUCAGGUGUAAGGCGCCUCGCGGCCCCCUCCUUCCAACAUUGCGAGCGUCACUCGCCCCUUUUCCCAAAGGCGCCUCGCCCCAUUCUUGCUGCUGAUUUUCCCGACGCCUUUUCCCCAGUCUUCGACCUCACCAGGUAAAGGCGCCUCGCAAUUCCCCUUAACCUCUCUCCUUUUCCGAAAGGCGCCUCGCGCUACUCCUGCUGCCCCCCUCAUAACCGCCAAUUUGAAUUCAAACUGUGCGGUUGUGAUUGGGCCACGUGGCCAACAGCACGAUUGUCGAGGCGCGGCCUCUUUCUCCUUUAAAUGUAAGUUCUCUUUUGAUUGUACUUCAUUCGCCUUCAACUCUCUCACUCUAGCUUCUCUCUCUACCGUGCCUCUCUCCCUCCUACUAGCGUGUUCUGCUUUACUCCGGGAUGUCGAACCCGAUCGACGAUGUUGCUGUCGCCGCCGCGGGCUCCUCGAAGGGUCCAGGCGCCGCGACCAAAACAGGUAACCAUCUUGUGUCGCCGCCGCCUCCUCCUUUUUUUUUUUUGUCACCAUGGGGCGCCCCUCACCUCGCCGACGGUUGGGUGCGCCUGAUUGAAUUGUUAUAGCGGGUGCGUCUGUACUGUCACCAAUACCGUCUCCCUCAUCCAACUACUACGUGCCGGAGGAUGGAUUGUACAAGAUGACGACAUGGGAAAACACGUGGCCGCCCCAAUACACGCCUAUCGAGACCACAUGUUUGCCCACGAACAUGGCAGGGCCCGAGCAUAACUCCACCAUUUCAACAGCUUGGAUGACGAGCUUGAUCACGGGCCUUGACCUCCCCCGUACGUGGACGUACGCGUCUCCAUCUCCCAUUGCCAGGGUGGGUUUAUGCGGGCCCAAAUGGCAGGGCAUCUACCAAGAAUACUUCCGGUUCGGGCUUCGAUUUCCUAUUGAACCCAUCCUAGAGGGGCUCCUAGACUACUGCGGGUGCACAAUUGGGCGCCUAUCACCGUCUGUGAUUCUGAUCGUUGUGCUUUUUAAGUUGAAGUGCCGAAUCCAUAACGUGCGCCCCACUUUCAAUCUUUUUCGUCACUUUUUCUCGGUUACCCCAGAGACAAUUGUCUGUCGCUGAAGCACCGUAAAAAGGUGCCCACCCACUUCGUGAUUAAGUGUCCAAAGCUAGGGAGGUCUUGGUUCACGAGCUUCUUCUUCAUGAAGUCGCAUAGGGACUACUUCUUUGAAAGUGGGGGCGCCUUUAAGACAAAUUGGGAGCUUGGUGAUGAGAAACGAUUUAACGCUGCGGUCGUACUUAACCAAGACGAGCGUACUGGCGUCGCCCUUAUAAGCGCCUCACCCGUCGACUUGCGCCCCACUAGCGCCCGGGCGCCUAUUUUAAAUGCAUACUUUGGAGAUGGUGUGUUAGAUACUUCGUUCGCUUGUUAAUACUUUUGUAGGCGCCUUGGCUGAUGCGAUUGUUUGUAUGCAGGUACCGAUUUUUCCCGUAUUGCCAACUUGAUGAGGGGGCGAUACGCCAGGAUGACACAGGGGGCGCCUCUCCAAGCCAACGCUGACCUCCUCAAGGCGUCCCCUGCCUCCGUUUCCACCAAGCAACCGCCCCAAGUUCCCUCUGUCAAAGGGAAAGGGAAGGCGCCCAGCGAGAAGCCGGCCAAGACUUCUAGCGUAACGUCUAUCCCGUCAGGAGCAGAUGCGCCCGAAGAUCCGCCCUUGAUUGUUACACUAGAUGAGCAGGGGGACGAAGACGAUGACGCGCCCUUGGUUACCCGUGGGAAACGAGCAGGCGCCCGACUAGCUUCUCGGGCAAGAAAUCUCGGCCAAUGUUGAAGAUACGAUGGAGGCCCCAACACGAGGGGAGAAAGGCGCCCAGGGGCAGGGUACACUCUCCAACCACUAUGUCAUCGAGUUGGGGUGCCUACUUGGUCCGGACGGGAAGCCACCCAUACUUCAGCCGCUGCGCACCGAGAUGGGGCGCGUUGCUCUUUCUUGCUCGCCGCGUGCGGCGGUGGAUCGUGGGUGCGCAAUGGGCCUGGCCCUUUUGGCGUCCCAACUACUGCAACUGCCCUCCGAGAUCUCAGAGGAUCGUCUUGGUCUGAAGUAGCCCGGAUGGGUGUCAAGAUAAAUUUUCAUGCGCCUCAGUUUUCCUUCGUAUUUUCCGUCCUCGCCCUUUUACCAAGGCACCCCUUUAUAUUGCCUAAAUUCAUGCAUCUGUUUUCCUUGCAGAUGCUCCUACUCGCCAAAGCAGGCGCCCGAAAGGCAGAUGUCGCGGCUGAAGAGUGUCGCGAAGCAAGGGCGUCUCUGUCCUCAAUGAAGGACAAUCUUGAGAAUUCAACCGCGCGCCGCGAACAGCUUAUCAAGGAGUGUGAUGAAGCCCAACUGGAGGCGGCUAAGCAAAUCUCCACUCUUCAGGCUACCUUGGAGGCGGAGCACCGCCAACGGGACGCCGAGUUUGCUUCCCUUAUGGCGAAGGAGCGCCUAGAGUUCGAGGUGAAGCUGGCCGCCCUGGCGGCGGACAAGGAGGCGCUUACCCAAGACUUGGGCGCCCGGGAUACCGAGCUUGCGACCUUGAGCGAGGAGAAGGCAUCUCUCGAAGACGAGGUGAAGGCGGCUGCAUACCGCCGAGGAGACUACAAAAAGGCCUUGAGGGACGCCCGCAAGAAAAUAAGAGCCCUCAAGGCGUCCCUCAAGCGCUUCGCUAGCUCGGAGGCGGUGCAGGAGCUGAUUGCCAAGGCGUCUCUGGACAGCUUGGUGCUUGCCAAGAGGAAGCUCGAUCAAGAGUACCCCGACAUCGUCGUGGACUUUCCCGACCUCGUGAAUUUUGUCAUCGAAGAGAUGCAGAAUGAACAGGAGGAGGCGGUUGAGGAGGAUGACGCGGCGCCUACUGGGAGUGGGGAGGCGCCUUCUCCGCAAGAAAGUGACUUCUCAAUGGAAGAUGCCUCCUCGGAAGCGGAGUAGUUUAGGUUUCUUUCACUGUUUGCACUAUGUACCAUGGAUUUGGGUUGCUUCCCCUCCUUUUUAAUAAUUGUGCAACUUAUAU